UCAACCGGGCAAAUGCAUGCUGUCAACAGAUCUGGCCUCAACAAAACUGGCUCCAAAAUAAGCACAGACAAUGUUGGCAAAUGUAAGAGGGAAUGAAUUGGAAAGUGAUGAUGAACCAGAUGCUACAUAUGCUUUGAUUGGAGCAGGAAUCGGGCUCUUCUUUGCCAUUUGUUUCAUUGGCAGCAAACUCUACAUUAUUAAAAAGCAAAUGUUUAUUAAUGAAGAUGCAGAGAAUCCUGAUAAAAGGCCAUCUUACUGCUCUGCAUUGGUGGACAUGAAGGACAGAACUGAAACUGAAAACUAAAACACAACGAUGCCAAGUCAUUCAUGCCAUACUUCUGUUCUGUCUCAUUAAUGAGACAUUUUUGUUAGAUUGAUUUUUUUAUUGACAGCUAUGUGAUUGGAAUAAAAUUGUAAACAUGACGUCAGAAGAAUAACUAUUACUUUCAGUAACCAGGACACUACGGAAUACUGAAGAUAAAUGUAAUCUACUCAUUCAUUUGUCCCACACAAAUUAAUUCCCUAUUUAUUUUAGAGGCCAUGAAAAUGUAAAAUGAGUGAUGUUUGUGUAGAUACCAGUGAGCUUGUGGCCAAGGAUAACUAUCCAGUAUGGAAUUGGAUUCUGUGGUUAUUUCCAGAACAAUAGCUCAAACAUCAACACAAUUUACAGACUAUAAAGACUUGACCUAGUACUCUACCUUCACAGCCACAUAUAGAAUUUAAGAUGGCCUGUGUUAAAGAGACAGGACCAAUGUCCAAUUGUGCUGUUCCAGAGUCUCCAGUUACCGGGGUCAGAGGUCACGGAGGGUGGUUUACAGGUUGGCGUGGAAUCUCCAGAAGCAAAGGGGUAGGUCUUCCCUUUCAAAGUUAGCCACAUGCAACUUCCCGACUCUUACAUUUGUCGGGCAUAUAAUGAGGUUCUGAAUGCAAUGGUUUAGGUUCCCUUUUUGAUCCUAAAAGGUGUUUCAGGUGAGCCAGUGGAUAAAUAAAUAAUCAAUCAUUCCAUCUCUUUACCUACUACACACUCAGGUUGAUUUGUAUUGAGAGACACUAUCAGUACACGGUCCUUCCCACAAGGUGGCAGUAUCAAUCAUAACAGAGCAGGUUGCAUAUUCUGCCCUUCCAUGAGCUUCAAAACCCCUCACAUCUCUCCCAUCUGAAAACAAAAAAGACCUUUCUAGACAUGUCUGUUUACUUUAAUUGCCCUGCAUCCACACCAGGCACAGUCUUAACAGCCUUCUGCUACACAGACACAAUAAAACCACCUCCCGACAGUCAUAUAAGUCUUAGUGAAGACAGAGACAGAGAAUACUACAUGUAAAUGUCAGGUUAUUCAGAAUGAUCCUACAUCGACGUACUUUAGUAAUGAAAAUACCGUUACUUGCUUCUGCCUUAUAGAGCGUCUUGUCAGACCUUCCCAGUUACUGGGGAUGCUGCCUGGCUUGGGUUUUGGUAUCAAUCUCACAACCAAGAUAAUCUCAUUUCCAGCCUUAGUGAUGGAUGAAGAAAUUGCUAUCCGAGCAUGGAUCUUUGUAUAUCUAGCAUGUAACGACGUGCAAAGGACUGUGGUGAAUGCACGAUGAAUCCCAUUUUAUCUCAAGUAAAGGGAACGUGUGAACGGGAUGUUCCAAAACAGAGCUACUCCAGCAAGGUCCUGCACGAAGAUUCUCUGUGGGCUCCCGUUACUGUGAGUGUGUGUGUGUGUGUGUGUUUGUGCGUGCAGAUCAUUUGUGAAUCAGUGUUCAAGGGAAAUAAAGAGCUGGCCAGAGGUGUCUGUCUGGUCUGAUGUCGUCCACAGCUGGAAGUGCGAUCAACUAGGCGUCAAAGCUGCAGCGCAACGCAGCGUCUCGGUUUCUCCUCCUCCUGCACAGGAAAUUACAUUUCCCACUUUCUGCCAAGCAGAGGAAUGAGGGGAGGCAGUACCAGGGGGAGGGGCCAGGAGGGUGGUUCUAAGCAGAAACAGAGCGCUGUUUCAUAUUACACACAAAUGGAGAAAAAAAGAAAGAAGAAGAGGAAUCCUGAGCUGAGGCUCUUUUCUUUGACAUUUAACUGUAUUUUUUAUGGAGCCUGCUGGUCUGAAAAAUGAAGGGCUCUUCAGUGGUCACGAUUCUCCUGCUUAAAGCAUUCAUUGGAGAAGUGUGCCAGGCAAUCAAUGUCACCGUUACCCCUUCUCCUUUCUUGGUGGCCCAGGAGGGUGAAAACGUCACGUUGACCUGCCUGGUGUCCCAGAGACGUCGCUCUGCUAGCCUUCCCGUGGUCAAAUGGACCUUCCUGCCCGAACACUCCUCCAGCGACGAGGAGCUCCUCAUCGCCCGAGUCAACAUGAGAAAGGCUAGGUUCUAUGGGAACUACACCAAGAGCUUUCCCUGGCCUAAGCUGAAGCUAACAGUGGUCAAGCAGGGGAAGAUUUUUGACCUGCUCAUUAUGAACAUCUCAGCGCAGGACCGAGGACUCUACAUAUGCCGGGUGCAGGAGUUCAGGAAGCACCAGAACCGAUGGAAGGCGUCGUCGAACUCUACAGCCGCUACAGAGCUUAGAGUACACGUCCUACCAGCGACCAAGGUCAAAGAGAGCCUAUGGAGUGUGUUAGAAGACGUUUACCUGUGCGCUGUGCUCAUCUGCUGUGUCGGCCUGCUAUGCAUGUGUAUGUUCACGGUGGUGGUGACCUGCCAGCACUUACAGAGGAAAAAGAGGUUAAAAGACAACUACAAUCUGGUGAAGAGCCCACAGAACAGUUCAGGGGAGACAGUGACCAGUCUAGUCAGUGUGUCUCCUGCCCUGCCCAAAAAGCAGAGGAGGUACAGGAAGAGACGGAGCAAAGAGCAGUCGGAGGUGCCACCAGAGAUCCCAGCUAAAGCACCCAUUGCGGACAAAAUCAGAAAACCCAAACUUUUAAAGGCACAGCCGAGGAAGGUGGUUCUGCCGAAGAUAGCAGAGGAAAGCCUGACAUAUGCAGAGCUGGAGCUGGUCAGGCCUCUGCCAGAAACCAAAGCAUCAUGCACAGGCACUGUGUAUGCCCAGAUCCUCUUUGAGGAGAGGCAAGUGUAAUAAAUACAACACUAAUAACUGUGGCUCAUGUACAAAAUGUUAUAUUUAUGAUCUGUAAUAUUGUUUUAUAUGAUGUAUUUUCAGUUAAUGAUUGAAGGUUGGUUGUUUUUGGUAAAUGAGAUACAAUCUAUUUUAUAUACAGCUUUUUAUAUUCAGAUUUUUUGUAUGGUUUCAUUGUGACCCAAACGCCUGUUUGUGCGAUGCCUGUGAUGUUCUACUAUGUAAUUACUGUAGUAUUGCAGCUGCAAAGGUUGACAUUAAGGCAACAAUUAGCCACCCAUCCUCGGGAGAUAAGUUUGUGUUAUCAUGCCAGUGCUUUCAACUGGUGCCAAAGUCAACAUGCUCUUGGCACCACCAGAUCCAGAGCUGUGAUCAGCUGAGAUGGAAUGGUUUAACUGGCUGCAAACCUAAAGCCUUGCUUGGAUUGUGUUGUAUACAGCGCUAUUGUAUCACCUUAUGAUUACAUGGCACAUAAUUACGCAAUGUGGUUUUCUACAUUUCGACAUGGUAAGAGCUAUAGCAACGACCAAAUGCCAGUAUUGAUAUCUCCCAAGAUCUACACAGCAACUGAGAUUUUGUCUUUUGGUUUCCUUUUUUUUCUCCUGUGAAUUUAAGUGUGUGUAAAAGUGCUUAGUCCGUCUUUUCCCCUCCUUAAUGACCCCUUGGAUUUAACCAUGGAAAAACGGAGGAAAACACAGUGUUUUAUUUCUCGCCAGUGAACUUGAAACGACAGACAUCCAGGCAGCAUAACCAAUCCCCUCCCCCACCUUCCUCUCAGUAUCAUACAUGAAGAUCUAUACACCCAUAAACCCCCAGAGGGGGGGUUGUGCAUUGAGACAAUUUCAAGUAGGACAGGCAAAUCUUCCACAAUGAACAAUUUCCCCAGCUAUCUACAUACAUCUACACUAUGAGUCUAAGUCAAACUUCUGGGGGUGAAAUACAUGUCUAAAAACCUUCUUAAACUGUGAAAGAUAAAGUCUCCUCCAAACCACAUUGGACUUAAUGGGAGCACACUGCACGGACCACUAACUAGAACCAUGUGUGUAGGGUGAACUCUGCACUUUUCUUUGCACUUUUCCUCUGCUGUUCAUUUCACUCAGAGAGUGCCGUCCUCUACAUGCAUCAACACUCCUUUCCAUUCCAUUUGUGGAUGCUCUGCUGUUUGUUUUUGUUAUUUAAACUGACACGAAUGUGUGUGUGUGUAAUGUAUCACGUACUAUGUGCUGUAUAAACAUAAAGAGGGUUUAUACACUAUUGGUGGUUAUUAA